AUGUCCUCGAUCCCUCAAGGUAACUUUUGGAUAAUCUCUCGAAAGAACGGCACGGCACUCGAUGUGUUUGACGGACAAACAAAGGACGGCGCAAAUGUAAUUAUCUGGCCACAAAAGUUCAACGAUAGCGAAAACCAGCUAUGGGCUUACGACAAUGGCUGCUUUGUUAACAAGAAGUCGGGCUUAGUAUUGGACAUUAGUACUAGUGCCUUUAAGAAGGAGAAGAAUGUUGUGCAGAACUCCCGCAAGCCGGGCAAGCAAGAACAACAGUUCGGAUUCGACAACGGCUUCAUUUAUAGUGCUGCCUACCCAAAUCUCGUUUUGGAUAUUAAAGGCGACGGUGCCAAAGAUGGAGCAAGUGUUAUUCUAUAUAAUCGUAAAGAAAAUGAUAACCUGAAUCAGCUUUGGGAUAUGGAGCCACAUGCUCAGUUUGAAGGAUCUUUGAACUUGGCUGCUACUGACUCCAUGACGCAUAAGAAAGAGUCGUUUGGAUUACCAACACCAGGUUAUGGUGCUCAGAUCAAUGUACCACCUGGCUUGACGUCAGUGCCGGAUAGACCUCAACUUCAGUAUUCUGGAACAGCCACCUCCACGGCCUCCCAGGAAGAUUGGAGCGCUCAGGUUCAAAGCUUGCACUCUGCUCAUCCUCAAGCUGGAAAUCGACCUGUACCUCCACCUCCUCAAAGUCAGGGUCCCCAGCCAUCACAAGGCAAUUAUCCACCACCUCAAGGGUAUAGCUCGCCACCUGCACCAGGCUACGGCCCACCACCAACACAAAACUACGGCACAUCACCAAGUCAAAGUUACGGUGGACCUCCUCCUCCGCCCCAUCAAUAUGGAGAGGGAUCAUAUCAGCAAAAUCAGCAAAACUACCCACCACCUCCCCCGCCACAGUCUGAUAAGUACAACUAUGCCCCACCACCACCACCAUCUGCUGGAGGUUAUAGCAACUACCCACCCCAACCUGUACAACAGGGUAGUUAUGGUGCCUAUCCUCCACCACCUCCUGGUCAAGGUGGAUAUUCAAGCCCUCCCGGCCAACAGGGCGGGUAUUCAAGCCCUCCUCCCCCUCCUAACCAGCAAGGUGGAUACGGGCAACAGCAGCAAUACUAUUCACAAAAUAGCUAUAACCAACAACAAGGCAGCUAUCCUCCACCACCAGGAUAUUAG